CCCGCGAGGCAGAGCGUGAUCGGUCUAAGUAAUCGGACGGAACAAUAAACUCUUUUCUGGUCAAAUUUCCUUUAACUUUCUUUUAUUUUCAUUCAUCGUUUCAUACACGCAUAGUCUUACUUCCGAAAUUAAUUAUUCUUAAAUAUAAAAGAUUUUUUUUUAUGCGUAACUCAUUCCAUCUCAGGGAUUUGGCCCGCACGGAAUCAUGUGACCUGUAGUCCCGGAGUGCACUGUUUCCGGUUUUGGUUUGUUUCCGGUGUGGCAUUGUGGGCAUUUAUCCUACUUUUUUAUGUCCAGCUUUCAAGUCCGCCCCUUCCAAGUUUCGAAAACCAGCAAAUGAUUGCACUAAAUAAAUAAAUAUGAUAGAUCAACGCAACAAAUUGAGUUACACGAUCCAUUUUACAACUCAUUGCCCGUAGUUCCUUGCCCCGUUCCCCGCCCAGUUCCCGCCCGCGUGCGGGAAGUCACGCAGGCCAGUUGUGUGUGCGCAUGACUUCAGUUGGCGCACAUCGUCUGUUAGUAUUCGCUCGUUUGCUGCUGUGUAGAUAAAGUUCCUCUACAGUUCCAUACCAGCAAGUGUAAGGGAUGGCAUUCCGUUGUGGAAUUACUCGGUCUUUGUCCCAUGUGGUCCGAGCUUGUAAAAGAUCUCCGCAAGUAAUUUACGGUACCUCGUGGAGGCUUUGUGCUUCGACUUCGAGUCUCGAUGAACCAGAUUUAGAGUCUGGACACAAGGACAAAAAGCUAUUUACACCUGGACCUCUGGGAGUGAGCUUUGAAACAAAGAAAGCCAUGCUUCGGGACCUUGGCUCACGUGACACUGAGUUUAUUAAUGUUGUGAAAACAAUUCGUUCAAGGCUCUUGGGAAUUGCUGGUGUCUCUCCAGAAGAAUACACUGCUGUUCUUCUUCAAGGCAGUGGAACAUAUGCUGUAGAGGCUGUACUUACUACAACAACACCGAAAGAAAGUGGAAAAGUUUUCAUUAUUGAAAAUGGCUCUUAUGGCAAGAGAAUGAUGAAGAUCUGUGAAGUUGCUGGAAUAGAAACAGUUGUAUUAAGUGGAGAAGAGAAUUCAAAAGCAGAUGUGAAGAAAAUUGAAGAAAUCCUGAAAAAUGACAAAUCCAUCACCAAUGUUGCCAUGGUGCACUGCGAGACCUCGACAGGUGUCAUUCACCCAGUUGCUGAAGUAGGCAAGCUUGUGAAAGAACAUGCCCCAGGAGUGUCAUUUUUCGUUGAUGCCAUGAGUAGCUUCGGUGCAGUUCCGCUCAAUCUAGAUCUUGCCAACGUUGAUUUCAUGGUCAGCUCUGCAAACAAGUGUAUAGAAGGCGUCCCUGGAUUCUCAUUUGUGAUUGGUCACAUUGAUUCCUUGAAGAAGUGUAAAGGAUGGGCACGCAGUCUUUCGCUUGACAUUGUAGACCAGUAAAAAGGAUUGGAGAAGAGUGGACAGUUUAGGUUUACCCCAGCAACACAUGCGAUGCUUGCCUUUCGAUAUGCUUUGUCAGAGUUCAAGGCUGAAGGGGGAGUUGAUGGAAGAGCAAACAGAUACAUGGAGAACUGCCACAUCCUACAAGAUGGAAUGAGAAAACUGGGCUUCAAGAAGUUCCUAGAUGACACCCAUGAAGGGUACAUUAUCACCUCGUACUACAACCCCAAACACCCUAACUACAAUUUCGAAGAGUUUUACAGUCGGCUUAACAGUAAAGACCAAGUUAUCUACCCUGGGAAAGUAAGCACUGCCGAUUGCUUUAGGAUUGGUAACAUUGGAAAGUUGUAUCCUGCCGAUAUGGAGCACUUGCUUAUGUGUAUCAAAGAGGUGCUAGGUGAUAUGGGAGUACCUGUCCCAUUACAUGACAGUUAGAGCUAAUUAGAACACAGCAUAGUGGUGAUAAUGAAAUAAGUGUAGAUGUUUGCUGUUGGUAUGUUUAGCAUGUUGUGAAAAACAGUUUACUGCAGCCAUAUGUGAUGAUUGUAAAGAAUCAUAAUUAUGCUGUUUCUAAUUUUGUGAUGUUGAAAGUAAUUUUUGAAUAAGUGGUGUAAUACCAAAACCAGAGAUAUCAGAUCUCUUCAAGCACAAGAAAUGCAGGUAGAAGACAAUGAACCAAGCUAAAUGUUGCCAAUCUUAGUAAAUUAUUAUUAAUAUAAUAUAUAAUUUGCAAUAUUAGGUUUAAGGAAAGUAUGAAGCUAAAGCUAUAAUACUAAUAAACUAUAAGGUGGAAUUCCUAGAUCAGUUGGGGUGGGGGGAGGGGGGCCUUCAAACUAAAAGAAUAUUCCAUUGGAGGAUUAUGGAUAUUUUUUUGAUUUUGGUUCCCUCUUUAUUGGUUCAAACACAGCAUGAAUGUGUUCAAAGUGAUUUAUAAAAUUCAUGAACACACAUAACACAAGAUUUGUUAACCAAUUUUAUAGUUCAGCAGCUACUAAUUUUGAAAGUGUAAUUGAUAACCAGUCUUUUUAAUAGUAGCACUUUGCGGUCAUUUUAUGUUAUCACUUGCAUGUCUGCAGUAAUAAACCACAGCAAAUUUGUACUAAAAAAAAUUGAGGCUGGUCAACAUAGUGUUUAGCACUCAUGAUUGAACUGGUAAACUCAGCAGUUCCUCUUUGCUGACUAUUAUUCACUCAGCAAAAAUGUAGGUUUUGUUAAGAUAGUUAAGUUGAUGAAGACUGAAAAUGAAUGAAAGUGAAACAAUAAAUAUUAUCUCAGUUUGAGAUGUGGUGCUAGAUGUAUAAAGCCUGGAAUGUGAGGAUAAAUUUGAAGCUAAAACAACAGGUGAAUUUAAUUGACUAAAUUUGAGAAAGCUUUGGGAUGUGAUUUUGCUUAACCUGUCAAUCCUGGGUAAAAUAUGCAAUCAUAAAAAAACUGCAUUCAUUUGCAGACAUAGAACAUGAAACUCUGUACAGCUCUUUUCUCUAAAAUUGUGUGACCUUGAUAAAAGAUUACUGGGAUUGCAACAGUGAAUUGCACGUGAUCCAAUAGAUAAGUGUUUCUGCCUGUCCUCCUGCAAUUUGUAGAAAUCAGUCAUUAGAUGCAGUCCAGUAUAAAAUGUCUCUCACAGUCUGCUUUUUUGGUUUUGUUCUUUUUUUGCAAUCUAACUUGGCUGCUUUAGAUUCUCAGCCAUCUUCUCAGGUUGAUCCAAUUUUUGAUCCUCGUGUUGGCUGUCAAAAUAGCUGUGAAUUAUUCAAUGCUUCCAGACAGAGGCUUACAAAUUAUUUUUAAUUAUCCAAAAAUCACACACAAACUGUAGCAGUUUGGUUGCACCUCUCACUUCUCGUACGCUCUUCUGAUCAUUUGGGAAUUAGUGAAUUGGCACGUUAGACACAUGUUUCUCAUGAGCUGACUGAUCUUUUGCAAAAAUUGAAUUAUUUUAAUGGAAUACAUUCGUGUAUGUAUUAUAAGGAAUGUAACAUGAUUUGUCCAAAUGUGCAGUGUAGGUUAGUGAGACUGAUAACAUGUAAUGCAUUUGUAUGUGUAAUAAAAUACUUGGAAAAUUUAUAAAUGUAUGUACAAAUAUCUCUGUCCAAUUGCCUUAUUUGGGUGAAGCUUGUAAUUCUUUUCAGCAAUUAUUUGCAUUGCUUUAAUUGAACUGUUUUGAUCAAAGACAGCCUGAUCUUGAAUGAGGUUCAAACUCACCCUCAGUGAAGCAAACUGCACAAAGUUACCCCCUUCCCCGACCCCCUGCCUCUCUAAUAGGUUGUAGUCCCACUACAUCAUAGAAUUGUCACUUAAGCCCUUGCUUCCACCCCCAUCCACCCUCAACUUGGCUCUUCCUUUGCAAGUUUGAUUCCUUUCCGUAAUCCCCUAACGACCA